AUGGUCUACCAAUAUGAAAACGCAGGCAACAACCAACGCAUUUACAAGGAGGUUGGGUCUGAUAAGAAAUUGAAAUGGGACGCUGCACAGGUCGAUCCCGACACCAAAAGGUUGAUCGAUGAAGUCGUAGCCCAGGGGUACGUGAUUAUCAAAAACGCAUUUACUGAUGCGGAAGUCGACGAGGCGCUUGAGGAGCUGCGACGCCUGUCCGCCUCUUCCGAUGCUGGCCCAGCAGCUACUAGGGGCCGGAACACAUUUGAGGGCUUCAAGACACAGCGCAUCUACUCUUUGCUUAAUAAGUCAAGAGUCUUUGACAAGUUUACUAUCCACCCCAGCGUUGUCGCUCUUAACGACUACUUCAUGGACCCGGGCUGGCUUCUCAGCGUCAUCCACAGUAUCAGCAUCCAGCCAGGCGAGAAGCCGCAAACCCUGCACCACGAUGAUGGCCAAAUCACUAUACCGCGGCCCCACCGGCCAUUGGGAUCAGCGAUAAUGGUCGCGCUUGAUCCAUACACCGAGUUGAACGGCGCGACCGUUGUCGUACCUGAGUCACACACUUGGGGCGCUGAUCGUGUGCCGCAGGUGUCCGAGGCUAGACCAGUGGUCAUGCCUCGGGGAAGCCUGGUAUAUUUCAUCGGGACUUUAUGGCACGGCGGAGGCCAAAACAGGUCUGAUGCAGCUCGACGCGCUCUGACGGUUCAGUACUGUCAGCCUUGGUUGCGCCAGCUCGAAAACUACUUCAUCGCUGUAGACUGGGAGAAGCUUCCGCAAAUUCCGAAGCAGAUUGUAGACAUGAUGGGAUAUCAGGUCGGCUCUCCUUUCAUCGGGUUUGUGGAUGGAGUGAACCCUCGGAAGGCAGUGGAGCAGCGUCUGAAAAGAAAGGGGGAAGAAGAGAAGGCCAAGAGGAACAAGCUAUAG